UUCUGUUCACUCACCCACGAAGCUUUCAGCAAAUUCUUCCUACACACCAUAUCCGUCUUUGUAGGCGCUCAUUUUCUUCAGAACAGGCGCCCCGCCAAUGUCCCACACUGAGGAGUGUCAAGAUGCGUUCGAGGUCAGCAAGGAACUCUCGGCAAAAUAUGUACCGGAUCCCAAAAGAUUACCAAUCUGGCUCACAAGGACGCUUGGAAAGACGGGAUUUAGCAUUCAGAUGCGCAAUAAUGUAUACAUCAUAAGCGCAUCGGAAACCUUCGAUAUUGCCAAACUCGCGGAAUACUGUGGCUAUCAAGGUGGCCCAGGUAGCCUACGAAGUCGCCGUUCCAACGUCUCGGAAAAGAGUGCUGGGCGGAUAGCGGUAAAGUGACGGUCGGUCGUGGGAUGUUCAGGGGUGAAAUAAUGAUAUGAUUAUACAGAACUGGCGUUUGGACUGGUUCAGUCAGGGCUUUGGAGGCGAGUGUGUACAAUCAUGAAACCUAUGCGCCACGAGCAGAGGCAAUUUGGUAUUGUUGCUGUAUGUCUUUCUGAGAUGACGUUGUAGCUCUGUCCAAAUUUGUAUACAUACUUAAGUAGUUAACGUUGACAUUUUUGA